GCAGUCUUGAAGUCGAUUGUCCUUUCCCCCCGUGCGAAACACGUCUUAACUCACAUAAUCAUCAUGGCCAGUGGACUACGGAUCCUCGUCCCCGUCAAGAGGGUGAUUGACUACGCGAUAAAACCCCGCAUCAACAAAACACGCACGGGCGUCGAAACAGCCGGCGUCAAGCAUUCGCUCAACCCCUUCGACGAGCUUUCCAUUGAAGAAGCCAUCCGCCUGCGCGAGCGCAAAGGCCCUCUGAAAGUUGACAACAUCCUUGCCCUCUCCGCUGGUGGCCCCAAAUGCGUUGAUACUCUGCGCACCGCCAUGGCUAUGGGCGCCGACCGCGCAUUCCACAUUGACGUCCCUGACAGCAAUGACGGCGGGCUGGAGCCUCUCACCGUCGCAAAGACACUCAAGGCUGUUGUGGAGAAGGAGAAUAUUAACCUUGUCAUCCUGGGAAAGCAGGCGAUCGACGGAGAUCAGGGACAGACGGGGCAGAUGCUUGCUGGAUUGUUGGGGUGGCCGCAGGCGACGCAGGCGAGUCGAGUUGAGGUAAAGGAUGAGCAGGGGACCGUUGAGGUGGAACAUGAAGUCGACGGUGGUGUUGAGAUCCUGAAGGCAAAGUUGCCUAUGGUUAUCACAACGGAUCUGAGACUGAAUGAGCCGAGAUACGCGAGCUUGCCCAACAUUAUGAAGGCGAAGAAGAAGCCGCUUGAGAAGUUGACGUUAAAGGAUCUCGGGGUCGAGGAUAAGAGGAGACUGAAGACUCUAAAGGUUACAGAACCCCCUGCCCGACAGGGCGGUGGCAAGGUCGAGGAUGUCGAUGGCUUGAUUUCGAAGCUCAAGGAGCUUGGUGCUCUGUGAUUCACGUAAAUUAUAGUAUGUUGCUCUUAAGCUAGACGGUAUUUGAUUUUCUUUUGAAG